AUGCAGGUGCAAGCGGCUCGACAGGACUGGCAGGUCAUCCUGCGAUCCCGCUCGGGCCAUCUCGUGCUGCACAACUCCGGCAAUGACGAAGUGACGGUCGCCCGCCAGCGCAAUAGAUUCCCCACGAGACAGACUCCGCAUAUCAGAUCAGCUCGAUGCCCGACCUGUUUGAGAUCAUGGCCGCUAGCCGAAGAGCCAGCGGAUACAUAUGCGAGCGUGCACGAGGUAGACGAGGCAUUUGCGAUGCCUCAAGCAUCGGCAGAUUACUUCAAAUUGCUCUCGCAAUCCCUUGCAGGCACACCGAGCUCUUCGAGGCCGCCCACACCGCCGCACGAUGAUACACUGCCGUCGUCCAUCAGGAUAGACAAGUACUAUGAGACCUUCUUCGUGCAAGAACGCCUCAUAGGCACAGGACACUCGUCCCAAGUCUAUCUAUGCCGCCAUGUUCUGAACGGCAUAGAUUUGGGGCACUAUGCUGUCAAGAGGAUAGCGAUCGGCAACAGCUCAAAGAGACUCAGACGGUUCCUAGAGAGCGAAGUCAAGCGGCUCGAGACGCUGCGCGGUCAUCCCAACGUCGUCACGCUCGCUCACGUCUGGAUCGAGAUGUCGGCCGCGUCCAACUUUGCGCCUUCCGUUCCGACGGCGUUCAUGCUCAUGAUGUACGCCAAUGGCGGAAGUCUCGAGUCUUAUGUCGCUCAGCGAAGGGGCGAGAGCUCGGAUACUGCACGUAUGAGCGAAAGAAGGAAAGCGCACCGAGCGCGUCAUUUGCUCAAUGCUGACGAGAUCAUCUCCCUCUUCUCUGACAUAUCGCACGGACUGGAGCAUCUACAUGUCAUGGGGGUACUCCAUCUCGAUCUGAAAGCUGCCAAUGUACUCCUGCAUUGCGAUGGCGAGGAUGCAACGCUGCCGCGAGCCAUGCUCAGUGACUUUGGUGAGAGCGAGCUGCGAAUCCAGCGUGACGCUCGACACCAGCGGUCCGGUUACACGGGCACACUUGACUACCUGGCGCCAGAAGCGAUGUCCCCGGACGACUUGACUGGAAGACUGGCGGAGCUCAACUCUGCUACCGAUCUCUGGUCUCUCGGUCUGUUGCUCUAUCUGCUGAUCUACCUAGAGCUACCCUAUCGAUCGCAAACCCGAGAAGAGCUCGUGCAGGAGAUCAAGUCAUACCCAGGCUAUUCGAGCGAUCCGAACGAUCACCUCCAUUCAUCGCGAGCUGACCUGCCUCGAGGACUGUUUGCAAUACUGUCCAAAUUGCUCAGCCGGACACCGCACCAUCGUCCAUCGGCCGCUAUUGUCCUCGCAGCUAUAGCCGCCCUCGAUCUGGCAGACAUCGUCAGUCCUGCUCCUCGCGCACUAGCCAUCAUUGAUGAGUCGACGAGAGUCAAAGCCCUUGUGCCUACCAGCCGGCCAUUGCUGCUCGACUCGUUACCGAGACGGCCUUCUCUGCGGCGUCGAGCGAGCAUGAGAGCGCACAGACGCAUCAAUCGCGCUGUGCAAGUCACCAUCGGUUUCGCCAGGCUGACGAUCAUCUUGCUUGGCUGUCAGAAAGCGCACGCUUCGACCUAUGCCAUACUCAUCACGUUCACACUGGCCAUCUCAGACUUGGUUCUGCCAAACCUGAUUCGAUCACUCAUGCUCCUGGCACCCUUUGUCAUCCUGUGCGCGAGCCGACAAUCGGGCCUCGUUUGCGUGCCAUGA